CACCAACAAGAUUGAUGCAUUAUUUGGAAGGAACUCUUUUGCGCUCGCGCGCUGCUUCAUUCCGCUUCCUCGUGCGCUCGCGCGGCAUCCAUUCCAGCACGAGCGCACUGCCGAUUGGACCGCUCGCUACUUUUUAGGCUUUAAACCACACUUUAAAGAGAACCAGAAACCCCCCUCCACCCGACCCCACCCCAACACACCGGGCUGUUCUUUCUUGAUUGUGCGCAAGCUAUGCGGUUUAGAUGGAGCGCGUUUGUUAGCGCGUGCCUGCCGUAGGAGUGCGACCGGGUCCGCGUGCGACUCCGGGCUGCGCUUUUGGAUGAGCGCGGCCGAGCCGGAGCGGCGCGCGGUUCACGAGGAUGCUGCGGGGAAAUGCCUGCGGGAAGGGAGGAUGAGAUGUGCGGGAAGGCGCUGGAGUUGCUCUCUGAGCUGUGCUCGCGCGGAGAGGUGCACAGCGACAAGUGCGCCGACUUCAUCUACUCCUUCCGUGAUCUGGGCAGACCGGACUACUCGGACUCCGAUGUGUCGGUGAGCCUGCUGUCGUUGAUGGUGACCUCGUGUGGCCUGGCUCUGUUUGGUGUCUCGCUCUUCGUGUCGUGGAAGUUGUUCUGGGUGCCAUGGCGCGACCGCUUCUGGCCCUCCAGCCUGAGGGAGCAGGAAGGCGAGCAGCAGCUGGUUCUGACCGAAAAGGAGCUUCUGGAGCGCGAGUACAGCGGCGAUUUCUUCAAGGACACGUCGGUGCCCACGCUGGUGCCCGAGUCAGCCAUGAAGAUCAGCCACACCUCGCCGGACAUCCAGCUGGAGGCGCAGACCAAAGCCAAGGAGCACAACCAUGUGCACAUUGCACGCGUGCAGAGGCAGAUCACCGACCCCACUUCAUCUGUCCGACAUAACUCCAUCCGGAGGCAAAUGAACCUCUCAAGCCCUGAGUUCAGCCCAGCUCAGUUCCAGAGACAGGAGUCCUUAUCCGGGCCGGGUCUGGGUCGGAUUAAACCGGAGCUGUACAAGCAGAGGUCGGUGGACACGGAUGACGGCAGGAGAGCAGACAGCUGUGGUCGUCUCCACUUUGUCCUUAAGUACGACUGUGACCUGGAACAGCUGAUCGUGAAGAUCCACAAGGCCGAGGAUCUGCCCGCCAAGGACUUCUCGGGAACGUCGGACCCGUAUGUGAAGAUCUAUCUACUGCCUGAGCGCAAGACCAAGCAUCAGACCAAAGUGCACCGCAAGACCCUCAACCCUGUGUUCGACGAGGUCUUCUUAUUUCCUGUCACGUACGGCGAGCUGCACGCUCGCAAGCUGCACUUCAGCGUCUACGAUUUCGACCGCUUCUCACGGCACGAUCUCAUCGGCCAAGUCGUAGUGGACAACUUUCUGGAUUUGCCAGACUUUCCCGGGGAGACGAAGCUCUGCAGAGAUAUUCUCUACGUCACUGCGGAUAACGUGGACUUGGGUGACCUGAUGUUUUCGCUCUGCUACCUUCCGACCGCGGGCCGACUGACCAUCACGAUCAUCAAAGCCAGAAACCUGAAAGCCAUGGACAUCACAGGAGCCUCAGACCCUUACGUAAAAGUCUCCCUCAUGUGCGACGGACGGAGACUGAAAAAGCGGAAAACGUCUACCAAGAGGAAUACCCUGAACCCCAUCUACAACGAAGCCAUAGUUUUCGACGUCCCUCCUGAGAACAUAGACCAAAUAAGUCUGUUAAUAGCAGUGAUGGACUACGAUCGCGUCGGCCAUAACGAGAUCAUCGGCGUGUGUCGAGUGGGGAACAUGGCCGAGAGCCUGGGCCGAGAUCACUGGAACGAGAUGCUGACCUACCCGCGUAAACCCAUCGCCCACUGGCACUCGCUCGUAGAGUGGAGCAGUGAAGGAAAUCCUGGAGGAAGCCAAGGCUCCUGCAACUCUCUCAAAACACCACCAUCACCCUGAAACCUCCAUCUGAUCGCAGCUCCCAGCGUUCGAAGAAAAAUGGUGGGAGAGUGAGACAUCUUGGCUAAAGGUCACUCAAAACGUGAUAAGAAGGUGCAGGCAAACAAAAAAACAAAAAAACACUGGACUUUUUCUCCCGGGGAAAGGGUGCGUGUCUGUUCUACUGCAUGUCAACGUGACCGUGUGUGUAGGCUUCAGUUUUAAGAAAAAAUUCCUAACAAGGUUACAGUUUUGUUUAAACUCUAUUUGAGAGGUAAGUAUUUUUGACAUGUUUUCUGUAUCUGUAUAACACAUUGUAAUAACUUCUUGAUGUUUUUGAGUGCAGUGCAUGGCCUCUAUUUUGUGUAAUUUUGUUCUUAUGGUAUCAGAUUUUACAGUGUUAAAUCAUUCUGUAUGAAAAUACAUAAGAAGUGCAAUAGCAAAGGUGCUGAUCGUCAUUACUGCACAUCGGAACCACGUCUUCGGACACGAGACUAGGAAAAUAAAUAAAUCAUGAUAUGAAAAUUCAUGAAAUUAUGAAUAAGAAAUUGUGCACACUAUAUUGCCAAAAGUAUUGGGACGUCUGCCUUUACAUGCACAUGAAUGUAAUAUGGAGUUGUCCCGCCCUUUGCAGCUAAAAACAGCUUCAAUUCUUCUGGGAAGGCUUUCCACAAGGUUUAGGAGUGUGUUUAUGGAAAUUUUUGACCAUUCCUUUGUGCAUUUGUGAGGUCAGACACUGAUGAUGGGCGAGAAGGUCUGGCUCACAGUCUCCACUUUAAUUCAUCAGGACUGUGCAGACCAGUCAAGUUUCUCCACACCAAUCCAUGUCUUUAUGGACCUUGCUUUGGUCACUGGUGUACAGUCAUGUUGGAACAGGAAGGGGUCAUCCCCAAACUGUUCCCACAAAGCAUGAAAUUGUCCAAAAUAUCUUGGUAUGAAGCUGAAGCAUUAAGAGUUCCUUUCACUGGAACUAAGGGGCCGAGCCCAACCCCUGAAAAACAACCCCUGAACUCAAUGAUUUGGAGGGGUGUCCCAAAACUUUUGGCAAUAUAGUGUAGCUAGAUAACCCACAAAUUCGCUGCUAGCCACUGUUACUUGUGUAGUAAUGCUAAACCUUUACAUGAAGCUCCAGUGUAUCUACAUUUUUCAGUUUUUAAGCGCUGGUUAAAGUUGUAAAUUACAGAAGAGUAUUUCAUUAAAUUACAUGUGCAUCAACUUUGAUAAUAUCUAUUAACACAGUAACUAUCCCAACAUGUAACUAAUAACUUUUUAACGUAAUUGAUAAAAACUAUUUGUUGUAACAUAAAAAAAACAACAAAAAAUGCAACAUUAUGUAAAUCCUGUAAUUUCAAUGCACCAUGAACUACAUAUUUAAAUCCUGCAGGAUUACAAAUGGAUUAUUUUAAUAGUCUAAAUCUGAUUUGCACUUAAUUCUAUACAAUGUUUUACUGAAUCUCUAAUCCAACUGUAGCACUGUUUAACUUCUCAGGAGUUACCUUAUUACCUCCCCUGAACUUAUGAACUUCCCCUGGCUGUCUGAAUAACCGAAUCCCCGUCUGUCUUCAAACAAAGACUAAAGACCUAAAGGUCCAGGGUGUCUAAUGAUGGGAAAUAGAAAUACUUUGCCCUACUGCAUCUUCUCCUAGUUUUAUGUCAUUGUCCUGAGGCUUCUGCAACAAAGCAGCAGUGCAAACAGCCUUGAAAGAAGCAACAUAUGAGCUUAAAACUUUGCCAAAGGAAUGUCAGUAUUGUACCAUAAUAACUUUUAUAAACAAGACAAAAAUUGUGCCAUUACAUAACUACAGAUGCUUCUAUACAUAUGCAUAGCUGAAAUAUUUUAUACAACUAUGUGGGUGUCUAACAAAUGCAUUGCUUGUAUAUUUGCAGUUUACUCGUUACCAGCUUCGAUGAGGGGAAACAGGAUUAAACAGCUAAUUGGUAUCAUAGUCUUACAUAACGAAAAAUCAAAUUGCUUCUCACCACCAUCUGGCAUCCACCCAAAAUAUGCAAAAAUCCCACUUAUCAAUUUAAUUGUCCAGAUCACACAGUGAUUAUAUUUAGCAUGUUUCCUCACCAACCUGAAGACUAGUUGAUGUUUUUCUGUUAUCCAUCUGCUCAGCUUCGGUGAGUCUGUGCCCACUGUAGCCUCAGAUUCCUGAUUUUGGCCCAAGGUUUGACAUUGUGAGUGUUGUGCUGUUUGAGAUGGUUUUCAGCUCACCAGGGUUGUAAAGUGUAGCUCUUUGGUUAAAGGUAUUGUAGACUUUCUGUCAGCUCUGUCUGGUCUUUUCUGAGUUCUCUCAUCAGCAGGCUGUUUCCACCCAGAGAACUUCUGCCACUAUUCUCCCCCACUAUUCUGUGUAAGAUUCCAGGAGCAUAAAAAUUCCAGGAGAUUUCUAAAAUACUCAUCUGCCCAUCUGUUAUCAACCACCAUGCUCCAAUCAAAGUCACUGAUUUUGUCACUUUCCCCAAUCUGAUGCUUGAUGCAAACAUUAACUGAAG